AUGUCGCAACCGCCUCCCCGACUCCCGAGUUUCUCAUCCUCCUCAGCCUCUUGCCUCCCCGCUGCUUCGCGCUCCGACCAUGCGACCUCCUGUGCCGUCUCGCCUCCUCAUCGGCGCAUCGCCGCCACAUCGCCGCCACCUCGCACUAAGUCGCUCCUCCUUCCCCCCAGGUCGCUCCUCCCCUUCCCCCCAGGUCGCACUUCCCCUUUCCCCCAGGUCGCACUUCCCCUUCCCCCCAGGUCGCACCUCCCCUUCCCCCCAGAUCGCUCCUCCCUUUCUCCCCAGGUCGCACUUCCCCUUUCCCCCACAUCUCACUUCCCCUUCCCCCUAGGUCGCUCCUCCCCUUCCCCUCCAAUCCCUUCUAUUCCUUUCGCUUCCCUUCCCUCCCCUUCCCUUCCCUUCCUCAUCCCAUGCCUCUCAUCUCAUCUCAAGCCUCUCAUUCGAAGCCUCUCAUCCCAUGCCUCUCAUCCCAUGCCUCUCAUCCCAUGCCUCUCAUCCCAUGCCUCUCAUCCCAAGCCUCUCAUCCCAAGCCUCUCAUCCCAAGCCUCUCAUCCCAAGCCUCUCAUUCGAAGCCUCUCAUCCCAUGCCUCUCAUCCCAUGCCUCUCAUCCCAUGCCUCUCAUCCCAUGCCUCUCAUCCCAAGCCUCUCAUCCCAAGCCUCUCAUCCCAAGCCUCUCAUUCGAAGCCUAUCAUCCCAUGCCUCUCAUCCCAUGCCUCUCAUCCCAAGCUUCUCAUCCCAUGCCUCUCAUCCCAAGCCUCUCAUCCCAAGCCUCUCAUUCGAAGGCUCUCAUUCGAAGGCUCUCAUCCCAUGCCUCUCAUUCGAAGCCUCUCAUCCCAUGCCUCUCAUCCCAAGCCUCUCAUCCCAAGCCUCUCAUUCGAAGCCUAUCAUCCCAUGCCUCUCAUCCCAUGCCUCUCAUCCCAAGCUUCUCAUCCCAUGCCUCUCAUCCCAAGCCUCUCAUCCCAAGCCUCUCAUUCGAAGGCUCUCAUCCCAUGCCUCUCAUCCGUCGCCUCUCAUCCCAAGCCUCUCAUCCCAUGCCUCUCAUCCCAAGCCUCUCAUCCCAAGCCUCUUAUUCGAAGCCUCUCAUCCCAUGCCUCUCAUCCCAUUCCUCUCAUCCCAUGCCUUUCAUCCCAGUCGCACCAAGCCCUCUCACUUCAUCACCUGCCCUCAGCCUAG